AUUCUGCAAUCUGUAAUUUAUCUUUAUUUUUUUUUUCUUUUUGAUAAAACAUAUUAUCGUUUACUCGCAUACAUGCAUGUCAUCUCUUUAAAAGAGUGCAAAAUUACUGUAAUUAUCAUUAAUUCGUUACGCCAAUGAGCACGACGAUGACGCAUCCAUAAAAUACGAAUGUGUGGAACUACAAACUCUACCGAGAAUUACUGCUUCUCUGCACAAAGCAAGUUCCACGUUUCUCGGAAACUAAUGUGAUCGAAGGGGCAAGUUUCACGUUACACGGUGACUGGAUAAACGAAUUGAUUUCUACACAAUGAUAAUCUUUGUAACGCGUAUCAGAUCAAGCGAAAACUGGAUUCAAUCCUUCCACGCAGGAGUAUGUGGAUCGUGGAUUUAUAAUAUCAACGACGGGCGGUUCUGCGACGACGGCAUUGCCAUUCUGUCGGGAAACUUCUCUGCGACAGAGAACGAAAUCGCUCAGGCGCAAGCAGAAUGAACGCGACGCGAUGGAGAUAAGCAAUCAGUUAACGGACUAGACAACCCCCCCAGGUUGUCCCAAUUGACUCGCGAUCAUCCCUUGAGUAGACGAACUUAGCUUGUUCACAAUGGCGACGGCGACGACGACGGAGAAAACGGAGGACGUGGAGAAGAAGGACAAGAAGGAGAAGGACAAGAAGGAGAAAGAGAAGAAGGACAAGAAGAAGGAGAAGGACGCGCCAAAAGAAAAAGAUCUCCCGAAGAAAAGAUUCAUCAAUACAAAUCUGAUAUCGCUCAAAUGUCUUCUUUUCGUCUUUUACGCCGGCAUCGGCAGUCUCUUCCCGUUUCUUCCGUUGCACAUGACAAAAAUGGGUCUGAGCAUCGAGGAGGUGAAGUUCGUCUCGAUAGUCUCGCCGGCGGUCUCGAUACUGGGACCGCUCGUUGUCGGAAUGAGAGCCGACACGUAUUUGAGCUCCGGAUCGUCGAACGGAUGUAGCUGCAAGUACAGCGUUUACCUGCGUUUAACGAUCGCCUACACCUGCCUCUCCUCGGCGCUCUUCUAUUUUCUGCUGCUGGAUCUCCUACCGCUUCACCUGCUCUCGGCCGAGAAAGCCCAUCCGCCGAACGUAAUCUUCGGAUGUAACGAAAACAGUUCGAUGGUGCAGCAAGAGAGAUGCGUGAACCAAUGUCACCGCUGGCCCGGCGAAGACAGCGAAACGGGCACGAUGUUGCUGCAAAAUUGCAGCUACGUAUGCAUCCCGCACACCGUGUUGGACAUUCAACAAAAGGACAUCGACACGUUUCGAAUCACCGUUAACAUUGAGACAGACUUUAACAAGAGCAGUGGCGAUAACGUCGCGCUGCUGGACACCGAAUUUGACAUGAAGGAAGAAAUGAAAAAAGCUCAUCGCUUCGUGAUCAAGGACGAACCGCCGCAUUUGUGUUACGAGGAUGACAAUUAUAACGUAAUCUGCCAUGUUUACACCGAAUAUUCGAACGUUCUGCCGAUAAACGGCACUCUCGGACAAGCGUUAAAUCCCGACGACGAGGAGAAGUAUUGUCUGUAUCCCAUGAUCGAGCGUUUCUUCUGUCGCAUAUCGCCUGUACUGGAAGCCAGAAGGAUCAAGUACAACGAGACCUGUUUAGUUAUGUGCGAUCUGGUUGACCCGUACACGCACCCGGGCAGCGUGCUGAAGACCGCCGGCGACGACUGCAGCGUGCUGGAGGCUAUUACAGGCGGUUGUAGUAUUUUCUCCGUAGGCUGGGCGGAGAAGGCGAGGUUCUGGAUAUAUCUGGCCGCGCGCUCGAUCGCGGACACCAGCUCGAUGGCCGCGUUGACUCUGAUCAACGCCGCGGUGGUAAUCGCGACCAGAGAAACGUCGUGCGGUCGCGGCGACGUCGGACGUCAAUUGGCGUUCGGUUUUCUCGGUUUCGCUCUCAUGGGAUCGUUGAGCGGCUAUCUAAGCACAUUGACGAUCGAUGUGUGGCCACCUUACGUUGCGCCGCUUCUUCUCCACAGCGGAAUGAUGCUCCUUGCGGUUCUCAUCGUUCUGUUGGCGUGCGGCAUGCCGCUCACUCGUCCCGAACGUUAUUGGCACACAAGAAACGGCAUGCUAGCGCUACCACUAAGCGCCAUCAAACGUUACGGCAACGAGAUCUUCGUUCUGGUUCUCAUUUUGAUAGUGUUGGGAACCUUUUGGAGCGCGAUGGACAGCUACCUGCCUUUAUAUUUGCAAAAAUUAGGAGGCGAUGAUCUGACUAUCGGUAUCACUAUGACCGUCGGUGCUGUACCGACGUUCCUGUUCCUUUGGAAGUCUGAACAUCUUGUGGAUUACUGCGGACACAGUAACAUCUUCAUCACUGCUUUCACAGUGUACAUACUAAGGUUUAUCAUACUGAGUGUCAUGACGGGACCUUGGUGGUCUCUAAUCUCGGAGGCUCUAGAAGUAUUCACGUUAGGAAUAAUGUGGGUUACUGCCAUCCUGUACGUCAGACAUUUGCAACCGCGUUAUUGGGUUGUGACUGCCCAAGCAAUGCCUGUGAUAGCUCAUUUCUGCGUCGGUCGAUGCCUCGGAGCCGUCAUCGGUGCUUACGUUAAGUUCGGCGACGAGGAUAUCGUGCACUCGUUGGGAAUCGUGUAUCGUUACAUGGCGAUAGCGGCGACCGCCGUUGCCAUCCUGUAUUUUAUAUUGUAUCAUGGUCUAGUGAAGCCGAGAUGUUAUACAAACGCCGUUAAAAAACCUCGCCAACCUCCAACUAUUGUGCAAGCUACUAUAAAGGAUCCUGAAUUGAUGAUGAAUGGAAAUGGAAAUUACACGCCGCUGAGAGUAUACCAUAAUGGAAAAGGCAGGAAAGGCCAAUUUCGAUACUAGAAGUUAUCUAUAAAGGAUAUGAAGAAUUCUAGGAACAACACUGAUUCCACAAAUGCAACGUAUAAACAUCAUCGGUACCGAAACGUCAAGCCGACAACGUGUGCUCUCAACAUGUAUUUUCGCAGUGCAUUUAUUGUUAAUUUUAUUUUAAGAUAACCCGAGACAUUAAUAUUAUUUCUGUUUCUUAAUGUUAUUAUUUAUACAAACCAGUAUCGUACAAAAACUUGCUCAAAUAUGUUCCAUGAGCUACUCUUUGUAUUCAUAAAAACAAAAAACAAACUGCCACGAUAGUAAAAUAACAUAACGCAAAAUGUAAAAAAAUUUUCGUAUCAGAGAGAUAAAAAGAAAAAACAUUUCUUUUCUGUGCAUAAAGUUACAGAUGUCUAUAACACUUUGCUUCAAGUUUCUAUUAAGUUUUGUACAAAUCGCUAGAUUCGUAAUUCGCGAAACAUUGAUGAUUAAAUUUCUACGGCAAAAUCAUUAACAGCGAAACAUGUAUGUCUUUUUACGUAAUAUGAGCCAAAUAGAUAUCAGUACACUAAAAGCAAAACUACAUGAUCAGAUAAAUGUUAUAUUUCUGUGUUCUCUGAUAUAUGUGUAUGUGAUAAAACAAAAAAAUGAAAUAAAAAACCAUUAAAGAGAAACGAUUUGCUGUAACUGUUAUUUUGUUAAGGAACAAUUAUAUAUGUGCCUCGUUUGUUUAUGUUUUUAUAUUCAGA